AUGCCGGACGAUGGCUCAAGAGCAGCCCGAUCAGUCAUACAGGCGAUCAACUCGCGAGCGGAAGGAGACAUCAAGAUGGCUGAGGGAGAGGUCGAUGGGCUUCUUGGGCACAGCAAGCCCAGAGAGGUAGAAGAGCAAGUGACCAUCAUGCUGGGAGUGGGAGGAGGAGCUCUCAAGCACGAAGCUCUCGAUCCUGUUGGCUUGUGUUGCUUCCCCUUGUGUUGCGCUCUUGACGUUGCGAUCAGGUUUCACCUGCUGCAUUAUCUAGUGCGGUACCUCACCAAGGCUGGUCAGAAGAUCGCCAACUCAUCCGCCAACCUCUCUCCUCUCCUCCCCUUCGCUUCCUGCGCCAUCCGCCUUGGAGCCCUCCAGGUUGAUGUCGGUCGUCGCAUGGACCUCACAGAUUCUCUCCUCAAGUUCCUCAAGGCUCUCGCCCUAUACGAUGAAGAUUUCAGGAAUGUUCUUCUCAAGACAUCUUUUCGAGCACGGAGCGACCUGCUUGCUCAGGCUGUCGUGCAAAAUGGGCAGGAGAAGGGGCAGGGGCAGGGGCAGGAGCAGGAGAAGGGAGCGGGGGAAAGAUACUUCUCCGACUCUCCACAGAUCGUCGACACUCCUCUCUUCAAGACGCUCAUCGACAGCUUGCUGCUGUGUCGUUCCUUCCCAGUGGACAAAGAACUCGCUUCCGCUGAGCUAAGCCCGGAAUUUUUCUCAUCGCAGCUCGCUGCUGUCACCAUGCUCAUCCCCCAGCUCGGCCCCAAGCUCCCUGGGCUCAUUCCUGACCUUCUCCGGCUUCUCCUUCACUGUGUGAGGGAGGAGAGCGACUGUUCAGUCCCGUCAGCUGGAGAGGUGGCGGGGGAGGAAGAAACUCAACAGGGCGACAAGCCGACGGGUGGGGAAGCAGAGAGAGGGAGGAGGACAAGCACGAGUGAGAAGACACGUGUUUCUGCUGCUCGGAGUACCUUCACAGCAGAGACAGUGCUCGUGCUGUUCCGUCAUCUGUGGGGUUUAAUUCCUUGCCAUGUUCUCCAUUGCAUACAAGAAGAGGUGAGCAAGAGCCCGGACCAGCUUCGUCUCUUCGCGGGCUAUUUCCGUCAGCUACGAUGCAACGAGAGAAUUCUGUUGGGUCCAACGGCUGAAGCAGAUCCCGACAACUGGAAGUCAGUGAACACGACGGCUCUUAUCGACUACCUCGACAUCUCCUCCCAGCCCUCCCUCCUCCUUCCUGAGCUUCAGCCUCUCCCCCAGCCUCUUCCUCUCCUUCCUUCUGAUGCGAUCCAAGACAAAGAACCCUCCUGCGUCUCCGACUCUAUCCUCCAG